UUGCCAAAAUUUCAUUGGGUCUCCGGGUUGAGAUGGUUCAAUCCCCGUCUACUGUCUGGAGAUUGAAAAACAAAAAGGGAAGAGAGAGAGAGAGGUGUGGGUAGACUUCUGCUCUUCGGGUUUUACUUCGACAUUUCUCUUCCACCAGGAAAUCUAACAGGAACACUAUAUUUGUAUUUUCUCAUCAUCCAUCUCUCUGCUCCAUUUCUUCGUCAGUGAAGCUUGGUUGAUUUCAUGGACUCUUGUUUGAGUAGCUGCUUUGGAAAUAGCUGAUCCAAGAACCACUCAUCUCUUACUAACUGAAAAUUGGACCCAUUAUUGGAGAAAGAAGGAUGGCUGAUGUAGUAGCAGGUGCAGCAGCAGUUGAGGUUUAUAAAGAUGGAAAAAGCUUAUUAACUUCUGGUAGUUCCAAAAUUGCCUAUGUGAAAGAUUUGAAAAAAAACUAUAAAAAGUUAAUACAGGAAGCAAGAAAGCUCUGGGAACUAAGAGAAGCUAUAGAGACAGAAAUAAGCAGACAUAAGAUAAGCCCAGUGACAAGAGAAUGGAUUGUUAAGGUUGAGAUGAUCAGAAGUGAAGUGGGAGAACUUGAAACUAAAUAUAAUGAUGAAAGGAAGCAUCCGUGGAGAUUGGUUCGCAUUUGGCCGCAUUCAAAUCUUAGCAAAGAUAUAGCAGAGAAGUGUAAGCAAGUUCAAGGUCUAUUGGAAGAGGGAAAUCUUAAAAGAGGAAUACUGGUCGCGGAAUUGCCAGAACCUGUUAGGAAAAUACAUGCACCGAAACUAGAACACAACUCAUUUCUACACCAAGUUGUAGAAGAUGUAGUGAGUUUUCUAGACGAUAAGCAAAUAAGAAUAAUAGGAAUCUGGGGAACAGUGGGAACGGGAAAAACCACCAUAAUGCAAAACUUGAACAAUCACAAAGAUGUUGCUACAAUGUUUGAUAUUGUCAUCUGGGUAACUGUCUCAAAGGAGUGGAGCUUAAAAAAGUUGCAAGGUGCAAUCAUGCAGCGGCUAAAAUUGAAUAUGGAGAGCACUGUUGACAUUGAGGAAAAUGCUUGGAGAAUUUCUGAAGAGUUGAAGGGAAAAAAGUGUUUGAUUCUUAUGGAUGAAGUUUGUGACUUUAUUGAUCUACAAGAAGUAAUGGGUAUCCAAGACCACCAAGAAAGCAAGGUAGUGUUGGCGAGUAGGCUUCGUGAUAUCUGCAAGGACAUGGAUGCUGAUGAGCUAAUCAAUGUGAAACCAUUGUCAGAUCAUGAAGCUUUCAACAUGUUCAAGGAAAAAGUGGGCCGGUCCAUUCACUUCCCAGGGAUUAAACCAGUAGCUGAGUUGGUGGUUAGAGAGUGUGGGGGAUUGCCAUUGCUGAUAGACAGAGUAGCAAGAACCUUUAGAAAGAAAGAGAAAAAUGUUUCCCUUUGGAGGGAUGGAUUGAAUAAUUUGCGAAGAUGGGAGAAUACUCAAGGCAUGGAUGAAGUGCUUGAAUUUCUGAGGUUUUGUUAUGAUAACUUAGAUAGUGACGCAAAAAAAGUUUGUUUUUUGUAUGGUGCGUUAUAUCCUGAAGAGUAUGAGAUUUAUAUAGAUUACUUGCUAGAAUGUUGGAGAGCUGAAGGUUUUAUUCCAGAUGCAGAUGAGUUUGUUCAUGAUGAAAAUGUGUUUAGAGAUGCGCGUGACAAGGGGCAUGCGAUAUUGGAUGAUCUUAUCAACGUAUCAUUGUUAGAGAGUAGUGAGAAGAGGAAAUGUGUUAAGAUGAACAAAGUUCUUCGCGACAUGGCCCUUAAAAUAUCAUCACAAAUUGGAGAUUCCAAAUUUCUGGCAAAGCCAUGUGAAGGAUUAGAAGAGCCUCCAAAUCAUGAAGAAUGGAAACAGGCAAGGCGCAUCUCUUUGAUGGACAACGAAUUGUGCAGCUUACCAGAAACUCUAGACUGUUGUGAUCUUUUGACAUUGUUGCUUCAAAGGAAUAAGAACUUGAGUACUAUUCCCAAGUUCUUCUUUAAAUCUAUGAGCAGUCUUCGAGUUUUAGACUUGCAUGGCACUAGUAUUGAAUCAUUACCUUCAUCUUUAUCCAGCUUGAUUUGUCUAAGAGGGCUCUAUCUGAAUUCUUGCAUCCAUUUGGUAGAACUCCCAACAGAGAUAGAAGCACUCGUGCAGCUUGAGGUGCUUGAUAUUCGGGGGACUAAAAUCAGUUUACUUCAGAUUAGAAGUUUAGUAUGGUUGAAGUGUUUACGAAUAUCAUUAUCUAAUUUUGGCAUGGGAGGCCAUACUCAGAACCAAUUGGGAAAUGUUUCGAGGUUUGUUUCAUUGGAAGAGUUCAGUGUUGUCUUUGAUUCAUCUAAGCAAUGGUGGGACAAGAUUGUAGAGGCUAUCUCAACAGAGGUGGCUACCUUGAAAAGAUUGACUUCUCUUCAGUUUUGCUUCCCUAAAGUUGACUGCCUAGAGGUUUUUGUUACGACAAGCCCAGUUUGGAAGAAGGGUUCAUGUUUGACAUUUCAAUUUGCUGUUGGUGACCAUGACUCAACCUGCUUUCAAAUUCUUGAGUCCUUUGAUUAUCCAAGCUACAACCGCCUGACAUUGGUGAAUAGCGAAGGAGUGAAUCCAGUAAUCUCGAAAGUGCUGAUGGAAACUCAUGCAUUUGGAUUAAUUAACCACAAGGGAGUUUCAAGACUAUCAGAUUUUGGCAUUGACAACAUGGAUAAUAUGCUGGUUUGUUUGAUUGAGAGAUGCAAUGAAAUUGAAACCAUCAUCAAUGGUAAUGGAAUAACAAAGGGCGUGCUAGAAUGCUUGGAAGAUUUACGCAUAAACAAUGUCUUAAAAUUGGAAAGCAUUUGGCAGGGGCCUGUUCAUGCUGGGAGUUUGACCCAAUUAACGAGCCUGACGUUAGUUAAAUGUCCAGAAUUGAAGAAAAUAUUCUCUAAUGGCAUGAUUCAGCAGCUUUUUGAACUACAACACUUGAGAGUUGAAGAAUGCGAUCAAAUUGAGGAGAUAAUUAUGGAAUCUGAGAACAUUGGACUAGAAUCCUGUUCACUUCCAAGGCUGAAGACACUAGUGCUCCUUGAUCUCCCAAAACUCAAAAGCAUUUGGGUUAGUGAUUCAUUGGAGUGGCCAUCUUUGCAGAGCAUUAAAAUUUCUAUGUGCGACAUGUUGAAGAGACUGCCUUUCAACAUUGCCAAUGCAGCCAAAUUGAGGCUCAUUGAAGGGCAACAGUCAUGGUGGGGAGCAUUGGUAUGGGAAGAUGAUGCCAUUAAACAACGACUGCAACCUCUUUGCAUUCUUAACUAGCUCGUGAUAUUCCAUUUUCUGUGCAACUUCUUGUGUUGACUGGGGUGGUUGCUGCCUCAACCACUGGUUUAUUGUGUGUCGGGCUCAAAAACUUUGGCAUGUACUUGUUUAAGACAUGCUAGUCUAUUAUUGUAUUUCUGUAAGCUUUUCUAAUAUGGAUUGUAUCUUUUUUUAGGAAAUAUUAUCUGCUUCGGAUUCGCUUUGCUUAUGGCUUGCGACUUUGGAUUGUAAUGGUGUAAAAUGUGAUUGCAAUAUGGAUGCUGUAUUUUCAUGUAUUCUUGGAAGCUACUUGACUGAAA